AGAGGCCUUGGCGCCGCUGCUGCGGAGGCUGCUUCAUUUUCAGUUUUUAAUGGCAAUCUCAAUCUCCUCCUCCUGCUUUGUUCCUCUUCUAUCUCUGAACACUGUCUCCUCUCCUUCUUCGUUUCCAUUUUCUCUGAGUUGUGUGAGGCCUCAGAGCCGGAGAAAUCAGCGCUUGGUGGUUAGCUGCUCGUCUUCUGAAACCGACUCCGGCUCUGACUCACUCAAUGGAAAUGGAAGACAUUCCCAAAUGUCUUCUAUGACUCCUUUUGGGGUGACAAUGAAUGAAGCUGGGUUGUCCAGACCACCUUAUAAAUGGCGAAGGGUCUUGCUUAAAGUAAGCGGAGAAGCACUUGCCGGAGAUCACACACAGAAUAUUGACCCGAAGGUAACAAUGGAAAUUGCAAGGGAAGUUGCAUCUGUGACUCGCCUUGGCAUUGAGGUUGCCAUUGUUGUUGGUGGGGGAAAUAUAUUCCGUGGAGCAUCCUGGGCUGGAAGUAGUGGUCUUGACCGUUCAUCUGCUGAUUACAUCGGGAUGUUGGCUACUGUAAUGAAUUCAAUAUUUCUCCAAGCCACAAUGGAGAGUAUUGGUAUCCCGACUCGAGUGCAGACUGCAUUUCGGAUGUCUGAGGUUGCAGAACCUUAUAUACGUCGAAGGGCUGUGAGGCAUCUGGAAAAGGGCAGGGUAGUGAUCUUUGCAGCAGGAACUGGAAAUCCAUUCUUUACAACAGAUACUGCUGCAGCACUUCGUGGUGCAGAAAUCAAUGCAGAGGUGGUGCUGAAAGCUACAAAUGUUGAUGGAGUUUAUGAUGAGGAUCCUAGGUGUAACCCAAAUGCCUGUCUUCUUGAUACUCUUACAUAUCAGGAGGUGACAUCAAAAGAUCUUUCAGUGAUGGACAUGACUGCUAUUACUUUAUGCCAGGAGAACAAAAUUCCUGUUGUUGUGUUCAAUCUAAACAAACCAGGUAACAUCUCAAAAGCCAUAAAGGGGGAGAAGGUUGGCACGUUAAUUGGGGCAGCAUGGAAUUCCACAGUGGCGCCAAGAACAUGAGCAAUGGCUGGAUCAAUUCUGACACUGACAGUACAUUGAGGCGGUUUAUCACUGAAGCUCAAAAUAUUUAGGAGUGCAAUCUUGGCAUCGGAAGAACUGUAUGAUCUCAAAGGUACUAGUAUUCAGAAUGUAAGUUGUAAAUAAUUUCCAUCUAAGGUUAGCUACUUGAAAUUUUGGAGUCCAAACUUUUUGUUCUUUAGUGAUUAUAUAAUAUAAUGAAACAGUGAAUGAGAUCUACAGCUGGGACUAUUUUGCCCAGAAGAAAAGAAAGGAAAACGAUGCGUGGCAUCUUGCAUC